AUGCAAGCGCCUGAAAAGAUUAUGGGCUGCGAACAUCCAAACUCCGAGGGGUUCUGCUACUUACUGGCGAAGGAUUAUUUCCGCUUUGUUCUAGACGGCUCGGAGUCGCAGCCGGCGGCCAACAGAGCGGCUGAAACUCUGCGCCGCUCCGGCUCCUCAUUGCUCGCAGACGGCCAGGAAUUACAGCGCUGCGUCGACAAAUUAAACCUGGGGUCCGCGGAAGAGACGAAGCGAGUGCUCCCCGACUUAAUGAGAGAGAUCUACUCGGAUGGGAUUGAUAACUGGGGCAGGAUUGUAACUUUGUACACUUUCUGUGGGGAUCUGGUCAGGCACUUGAUAGAGAAGGGCGUUCUUUAUCGAGUGCUGAUAGAAGAGUUAGCUCAGUUUGUCGCCCAAUAG